AUGUUAGCUUUAAUAAGAUUGAGUAAAAGAGUGAAAACUCCCUCAUUUGAACAAAUUGAUCAAAAGUUGUAUGAGUGGUUUGUCAGCGUUCGGUCAAAAAAUUUGCCAAUUUCCGGUCCAAUUAUACAAACAGAAGCUAUGAAAUUGGCUGAAAAAAUGAUUGUCAAAGAAUUCAUGGCUUCGAACGGUUGGCUAGAAAAAUUUAAAAAAAGGCAUGACAUUGUUUGGAAACAAGUUAGUGGUGAGGCUAAUGACGUUAAUCAAGAAACUGUGGUGGAGUGGAAGCAAAAAAUAUCAAGACUCAUUGCUGGGUAUGAAGCAAAAGACGUGUACAAUGCUGACGAAACUGGUUUUUUUUCAGAGGUAUUCCUACUAAGUCACUAG